AUGGAGCAGCAAAACCACCUCAGCCAGGCAGCUGAUGCUGCAGCAGCAGCAGCUGCUGCUCUUGCUGCUGCUGCAUGCCCUCCUCACGCUGUUGCUGCUGUCGAUCCUGCUGCUACCGCUGCUGCUGCUCUCCUUCCUGCUGCUUCGGCUGCUGCUGCUGCUUCCAACCCCGCCCCUCGCAUGCAAACACGCGGGAAGGGCCUUCGAAAAGCAGCAGCUUACAGCAGCAGAAGCACACGCAGCCGCAGCAGCAAAGCCAGCAGCAGCAGCAGCAGCAGCAGCGGGAGCGCGACAGCUCGCUCCGUGUAUCGGGGCAGCAUUCGUUCGGUUGCUGCAGGGUCUGCUUCUGCUUCUUCUUAUAGCUCACCAGCAGCAGCAGCAGCAGCAGCAGCAGCAGCAGCAGACCGGGGCCGUCGACGCAGCAGCAAAGUGCAGCAGAGGGUUGCUGCUGCUGCUGUCUUCUGGAGACGGCUUGCAGAGGAGCUCUCAGAAGCACCUGGAAAGUGCGAUGUAUGCGGAGGAGCAGAAUCCACUGAGGAGAAUGCUAUUCUGUUUUGCGACGCCUGUGAUGUGGCCGUACACCUCAACUGCUACGGAGUAGAAGCGGUGCCUCCGGGUGACUGGUACUGCGACUUCUGCCUCGACGCGCUGGAGCAGGAAGCAGCAGCAGCAGAAGCUGAAGCAGAAGCAGCAGACGCAGCAGCAGAGACGCCCGGGAGGCCUUUGCUGGAGGAGAGCGGCACCUUGAGCAGCAGCAGCAGCAGCAGCAACAGCGGCAGCAGCAGCAGCAGCAGCAGCAGCAGCAGCAGCAUGCGUGGACAGGAGGAAGUUUCGCUGCUGUUUCCUCGCUGCUGCUGUCUCUGCCCCAGACGCUCCGGCGCCCUCAUUAGGGCUGUAGAAGGUCCUUGGGUGCAUGCGUCUUGUGCUCUGUGGCUGCCGGAGGUGGAGACAGUUGCAGCAGCAGCAGCAGCAGAAUCUCCUGCAGCCGCAGCAGCAAGACCCAGCGGUGCUGCUGCAGCAGCAGCAGCUGCUGCUGCUGCUGCUGUAUCCCCAGCUUCUGCGGCCCCCCCGACCAGCAGCAGCAUCAGCAGCACCAGCAGCACCAGCACGAACAGCAGCAGCAGCAGCAGCAGCAGCAGCAGCAACGGGCGGCUGCGUGCUGCAGGUUGUGGCGGUGUUACUUCAAAUCGCUUUGAGGGCCUCUGCUCUCUCUGCUGCUGGUCAGGGGGUGCUCUGCUGCAGUGUGCUGCUGCUGGCUGCAGCAGCAAAAUGCAUCCUGUCUGCUGCAGGCUCUUUGCAUGCGGCCCUGAUCUCUAUGCGCAGGCUGAGAAUCUGCGUGCAGGGCGACGAGGAGCGUUGGCUGUCCUCUGCCCCGAACACCAACAGCUGCAUGCAAGCGGCAGCGAGGGUAAAAAUACAGCAGACAAAGGUUUGGGGCUGCACCCAGUCGCACAAAUAUGGCGUCUGCUGCAGCGGUCAGGAGAUGCACUGCAGAAGGCACUUGACUGCCAGCGCGAGCAGACGGCCUGGGGCGCCCGUGAGGUGCAUGAGACCCUGAAGGCAGUGGAGCGGCUGUGGCGGCGGCUACACCAACUCUGUUGA